UUCCGUCCUCGUUUUCCAUGAGCAAAAGGCGUAUUGUGCCUUCCCGACGUGGCAACCUUGUCCAGCAACGAUGUAAACAUUGCAAGAGCAUAGGAGGCAAUGGUGAGCUAAGGUACCGCGAGGCUAACCAACGUUCAUGUGCUCAGUGUUGGGUCAAAUCCAGCCGGACUUGUAGUCCUCCCUCCUUCAUGACAUGAAAAUGUCAGCGUCAUUGACCAUGAAUGGCUUGCGACUCGUAACAUUUCAGGUCAUUUCCAUCUGACCCCUCUGUGACCUCUCCGAUGACGACAAGGUGACCGAUGGACCGCUGCACGUUGGGAGCGAGAUGAUGAACGACAAACUAGUCUUCUUGGGGCUGCUGUACUUUGUCCAAGGCAUCCCCUACGGCCUCCAGUCCUCCCUGCUUCCCGUCUACCUGCGCGGAGCGGGCCAUUCCCUGACACGCAUCGGCUUCACCAAGAUCCUCUAUUUCCCAUGGGUGCUCAAGGUCCUUUGGGCCCCUUUGGUGGACAGGAUGGGCACCAAGCGGCGUUGGCUGGUGGCAACGGUGUCUGGACUGGCGCUGACCUGUCUCGGCAGUUCCGCUUUGGCUCCAGAGAUGCACAUCUGGGGAGUUGCAGCAACCCUGCUCGCCAUGAAUACCCUGGCCUCCGUUCAAGACAUUGCAGUCGACGGCGCGGCGGUGGGGCUGUUGAAAGGUCGCGGGGAGCUCGGACUGGGCAACACAGCCCAGGUCGUGGGCUACAAAGCCGGCUCGGUGUUCGCGGGAGGCGGGCUGCUGGCUGUCAUCGACGUCGCCGGGUGGAGCUGGAUGUUCACGCUGCUCGCGUUCGUGUACGCAGGCGUGGCCUUGUUUGUGUGGGGGGCCCCCGUGUUGGACGAUGAGCCCGCGAGGGGCCAGCAGGCAGAUGGCAGCAGAAGAGGAGGACAGGCAGUCGACGGUUUCAUGCCUUGGAGACUGUGGAGGAAGCUGCUGGCUGUCCCGGGGACCCCUUGGACAGUCCUCUAUGUGCUCACAUACAAAUUGGGCGAGCAGGGUGCAGUCACCAUGUUUCCCUUGUUUCUGUUGGAUCACCACAUGAGCGCCAGGGAGCUGGGCUUCUGGAACGGCGUCAUCGCCAUGGGCUUCUCCAUCUGCGGCUCGUCACUGGGAGGCUUGCUGCUCGCUCAGUUCAGCAUCGGUGCUCUGAUGCGACGUGUUUUUGUCUUGCGAACCAUCAGCAUGGUCUUCCAGAGCUCCUUACUCACUGUGCUGGAACCGUCGCCGCUCAUGAAAGGUAUGGCCGUCUUGAGUAUGAGCGUUCAGCACUUCCUGGGCGGUCUGAUCACCACGCUCACCUUCACCACCAUGAUGCAUUGCACGCAGAGGGCCGAGGAGAGCAUUCAGGCAACUCACUACAGUUUCCUGGCCACUCUGGAAGUGUUGGGCAAGCUGACGUUCAGCGCUCUGGCCGGGGGCGUGGUGGACUGGUUCGGUUUCCAAGUGGCCUUCCUGUUCUUCCUCACCCUCUCUGCCGGAACAGCUCUGCACGUGUGGACGGCGACUUUUACCGGUGCUCUCAGGGAGCACCAAAUCAAAGAGCAGCCCAAAUGAAUAUCCAGACCUGGGCUGUAUUUUGAUGUUAGGCGGCGAGUCCACACGGACCCAGGUACUGUAUUUCUACACCUUGUGUCAAAAAGAUGCAUGUCCACGCAAAAGAAGUAAAAUAGUGCCAGAGUGCCAAAAAAGCACAUUGCUUGUAUGCCUGUGUUUGUGUGGACAUUACAAGGAGCAUGGAAUGUCUUAAAAUAACCUUAGAUUAUCUGUUAGCAUUCAAACAACCAUAAAUAUUAAAUAGAUGCUUUAUAUCGUUAUGUCUAAAAAAAAAAAAAGAAAAAAAAAGAAAAUAUAUACCGGGAGAUAUCAGGUGUGCUGAAACUUUUAACAAGCCAGCCCGCUUGUGAUGAGGGUGAUGGUACCGUGUUGGGGGUGCCAUGUAGUCCAGAUCCAGCAAAUUUAAAGAGUUUUUCAUCACUUUGUCUAUUUCAGUGUUCAGUAUUCAAUACGAAGCAAUAUCACAAAUCCUCGCCGGGAUUCUCAUUGUAUGUACUCUACAUGGAUAUAUUUAAUUGUCAUUGUAGUUACGUUUUACAAUUUCAAGCGGGAAGCACGAGUCUCCUACCUCGUUUCAGCAACGUAUGGUACGACGCACAAAAUGUGAACUCUGUUGACCGUAUUUUGGCCUCAAGUCGCGGACGCACAAUAUGAAUCGGCACCUGAAUUUUGUACAGUGAAGUUGCCGAAAAGGAGCAUUGCUUUUAGAAGAGUUUAGCAAUCCUGCCGCUGCAUCAUUUUUGAUCGUGUAGCAACGCUCGGCCUUUCGUGCUGCCUGGUGCCAACGUGUCUCAGUUUUGGGACGGAAAGAAAUCAAACUUGACAAGAAACUGCAAUAAGUCCUCUCUUUGAAACUUGAAAGAUCAAUGGCACACACAUGAUUUCUAUUUGUCUGUAUUUACU